UGAAUCGUGGGUUUUAUUUAUUUUUUUUUCCCCCUCCUCCUUCCCACCUCCACCCCGAAAGACGUUAUCGCACGAGAAAGCGAAAGAACACCCUCAACAGAGCUGUCCCCCGCGGGUCCGCCGGGGCACGCAAGCAGGCCGCCCCGCGCGGGCGGGCGCGGACGAGGACAGGCCCGAGGCGGCGGCAGCAGCGGUGCGGGGCGGCGGGGCGCGGGGCGGCGGCGGCGGGGCGGUGCGGCGCCCUGGCGAAGCCGGUUCGCGAGGAAGGGAGGGGGAGGGAGGAGCGGGCGGGGAGGGAGCGAGGGAGGGGGAGGAGGUAGCGGCUGGCAGGCGGGGGAGGGAAGGAGGGAGGGAGCGAGGAGUUCCCGGGGGCUCGGUACGGCGCUGCGCUUCCCCCCCACCCCCUCCUCCUCCUCCCCCCGCCCGCUCGCGCCCGCCCGCCGCUGUCCCCGCGCUGCCUGGCCGGGGCUCAGGCCGCCGCCGCCGCCGAGCCGAGGUGGGGCCGGGCCCUGCCGUUGCCGUUGCCGGGCGCUGCGCAGGUUUGGAACGCGCGCCAUUUUGUGAGCGAUAGAAAAUCCAGCCCGGCCAGGAAGCGCCGCGGAUCCGCCCGCCGGGCCGGGCCCCCCCCUCUUCGCCGCCCAGAGAGGAAGGCGCGGAGCGGACAGACCCUACGGCCGGUGCCCCCCGCGCCCCGAGCGGCACCGGCACCGCCGCCAGCCGUGCGGGCCCGAGCGCGGCGGGGCGGCCGGACUGCGGAGCGCACAAGAGGGAGGCGCUGCCGCGCCGGGGCCCCGGCCGAGGCCGGGGGAAGCGCUCGCUCCUCGCCCUGCUUGCGCCCGCCGCCCGAGGGAAGAGGCCUCGACCGGGAGAAGCCGGGCCGGAGCGCAGGGCCCGCCGCCCCCCACACGGUAUUUGCUACUGGACUCCCCCUGUCCCCCGCACCCCCGCAGGAUGAUAUGAGACUUGAAAGAAGACGAUGCAUACAGGAGGAGAGACUUCAGCAUGCAAACCUUCAUCUGUUCGGCUUGCACCAUCGUUUUCAUUCCAUGCUGCUGGCCUUCAGAUGGCUGGACAGAUGUCCCAUUCACAUCAGCAGUAUAGUGAUCGUCGGCAGCAGAACAUAAAUGACCAACAGGUUUCUGCCUUAUCAUAUGCUGACCAGAUUCAGCAACCUUUAACAUUAACAAACCAGAGGCGGAUGCCCCAAACGUUCCGUGAUCCAGCCACUGCUCCAUUGAGGAAACUCUCCGUGGAUUUGAUCAAAACAUACAAGCAUAUUAAUGAGGUUUACUAUGCAAAAAAAAAACGGCGGCAUCAGCAGGGCCAAGGAGAUGAUUCCAGUCAUAAAAAGGAGAGAAAAGUUUACAAUGAUGGCUAUGAUGAUGACAACUAUGACUAUAUUGUAAAAAAUGGGGAGAAGUGGAUGGAUCGUUAUGAAAUUGACUCUUUAAUAGGCAAAGGCUCCUUUGGACAGGUUGUAAAGGCUUAUGAUCGAGUGGAACAGGAGUGGGUGGCUAUCAAAAUAAUAAAAAACAAGAAGGCUUUCUUAAACCAAGCCCAGAUUGAAGUGCGACUGCUCGAGCUUAUGAACAAACAUGACACUGAGAUGAAGUACUAUAUAGUGCAUUUGAAGCGCCACUUCAUGUUUCGAAACCACCUCUGCUUAGUCUUUGAAAUGCUGUCCUACAAUCUGUAUGAUCUGUUGCGGAACACCAACUUUAGAGGUGUCUCAUUGAACCUGACACGAAAAUUUGCACAGCAGAUGUGCACUGCACUGCUUUUUCUGGCAACUCCUGAACUGAGUAUCAUUCACUGUGACCUAAAACCUGAGAAUAUCCUGCUCUGUAACCCCAAACGAAGCGCUAUCAAGAUUGUUGAUUUUGGCAGUUCGUGUCAACUUGGGCAGAGGAUAUACCAAUAUAUCCAGAGUCGUUUUUAUCGAUCACCAGAGGUGCUACUGGGAAUGCCUUAUGAUCUUGCAAUUGAUAUGUGGUCCCUUGGGUGUAUUUUAGUUGAGAUGCACACUGGAGAGCCUCUUUUUAGCGGGGCAAAUGAGGUGGAUCAAAUGAAUAAAAUAGUGGAAGUUUUGGGGAUACCACCUACCCACAUCCUUGACCAAGCACCAAAAGCAAGAAAGUUCUUUGAGAAGUUGCCAGAUGGCACUUGGAACUUGAAGAAGACCAAAGAUGGAAAAAGGGAAUACAAACCACCCGGAACUCGGAAACUUCACAAUAUACUAGGAGUUGAAACAGGAGGACCAGGUGGACGUCGUGCUGGGGAAUCGGGUCAUACUGUAGCUGACUACUUGAAGUUCAAAGACCUCAUCUUAAGGAUGCUUGAUUAUGACCCUAAGACACGAAUUCAACCUUAUUAUGCCCUACAGCAUAGUUUCUUUAAGAAAACAGCAGACGAAGGUACAAACACAAGUAACAGUGUGUCUACGAGUCCUGCCAUGGAGCAGUCACAAUCUUCAGGAACCACCUCUAGUACGUCUUCAAGCUCAGGUGGGUCUUCUGGAACAAGCAACAGUGGAAGGGCGCGGUCAGACCCCACACACCAGCAUCGACAUAGUGGUGGACACUUCACUGCUGCUGUUCAAGCUAUGGACUGUGAAACACACAGCCCGCAGGUUCGACAACAGUUUCCUCCUCCAAUUGGUUGGACAGCCACUGAAGCUCCUACACAGGUCACUGUUGAAAAUCAUCCAGUUCAAGAAACCACCUUCCAUGUAACCCCUCAACAACAGAAUGCAUUACAUCAUCAUCACGGAAAUAGCUCUCACCACCACCACCAUCACCACCACCACCACCACCAUCAUGGACAGCAAGCCUUGGGUAGCCGGACCAGGCCGAGAGUCUACAAUUCUCCAACAAACAGCUCCUCCACCCAGGAUUCUAUGGAGGUGGGCCACAGUCACCACUCCAUGACAUCCCUGUCUUCCUCAACUACUUCUUCCUCUACAUCUUCCUCCUCUACUGGUAACCAAGGCAAUCAGGCCUAUCAGAACCGCCCAGUGGCUGCUAAUACCUUGGACUUUGGACAAAAUGGAGCUAUGGACAUGAAUUUAACAGUCUACUCUAAUCCGCGCCAAGAAACUGGCAUAGCUGGACAUCCAACAUACCAGUUUUCUGCUAAUACAGGUCCUGCUCAUUACAUGACUGAAGGACACCUUGCAAUGAGGCAAGGAAUUGAUAGAGAAGAGUCUCCCAUGACAGGAGUUUGUGUUCAGCAAAGUCCUGUGGCUAGCUCGUGACUAAACUGAAAUUAACUUUGUUUCUUGUGUGUUUUUAUAGAAGUGGUGUUUUUCCAAAAACAAAGUGCAAAGCUGCUUGAAUCAGAAGGAGAUAAACUCACUGAACCGCUACAGGAGGGCAAAGCUGACUAUUUUUUUAAACUUGAAAAGAUUGCAAAGGGACAAUGAAGUUUUUUUUGUUGGUUUUUUUUUGGGGGGGGCGGGGGUUGGUUGGUUUCUUUUUCUAAGAGGCAUGUCUUGGACCCACCUUAACAGAUAGCUUAGUGGUGUUCACCUUUUGCUUCCCUCAUCUUAACUUGCCACAAUCUAGUCAUAGUUUGGUUUUUUGGGGAGGGUUUUUUGUUUUUUUUUGUCUCAUUCAGCAGGGGUUAUUGUUCAAAUGUUAGUUGUAGUUGCAAACUAGUUUCUUUUAAAAGGCAUUGCACAUGAUUUAUAAAAAGGCCCUUUGAAGUUUUUGGGUGGGAGGGGAGUGAGUAAUAUAUAUAUAUUUUUUUUUUUUUUUAGUUCCCCAAACAAACAUGGGCACAGAAAUGCAGUACUGUAAGAAAGAGGGACCUUCAGAUUACACAAAUAUAUAUUCUUCAGCUGUAAAAAGGGACGGUUGUAAUGGAGUUUGUAAGGCACAUUAAGCAUGCUAAGUGGCGGUGAUCAGAACUCUCCUUUUCUGAAUCUACUGAGGAUCAAAGCAGCAAUUGUAAUGGGAUUCUGUGGGUCUCAUAUUUUGCAGACCACAGUCAGUUAGUAUUGAAAUAUGACUGGUUUCAUAACUGAGGUGCACUGAGAAGCAAUCAACGGGUCGGUCCUGGCCAGUCCUGGGGAGGUCUAAGUGGUGGUCUUUGGGAUAACCUUUGGCCUUAUGGAUUUGGACUCUUAAGUUAGAAGAGCCUACCAUUUCAGAUGCAAUCACUUUUGGACAUGCUUUUGCAGACAGUCCUUAAUGCUGAAAACACAGAGAAUGGGUAAUUCAAGAGGCCUUUCUUUUAAAAUAGACUUUUGUGACCCACUUAUUGUAAGGUAUUGCAAGGUCACUUUGCGUGUGUCAUAAAGUUGACUUCCUUAUUGGUUGAAGGUCACAGGAGUAGUGGUUUGCGUUUGAUGGAAAUAGCUACAACUGUGUCCCUUCCUGCUUUUUUCUUUUUUCUUUUGCUUUUUCUCGGCACGUGGUUUCUCCACCAUUACUUCUGCACAAAGACGUCUUCUGUUCAUCCUGAACAUUUAUAAAAAAUGCAGAAUUUUAUGUGACUGCUUUUUUGCCUCACAAUUAUGCUGUGAAUUUUACAAAAAUUUAUUUUCUUUUUUGAUAAUUUAUUGUACCAAAGCUGUUUUUAUAGCACAUAGAUGUCUGUAACCAAUAAUGUAGCAGUUCUGCACUUUGACACAAGGUGUAACUAGACCAUUUUUAAAUGUCAGUUGAAAAUUACGGCUGUACUAUUGCUUAAACAAAACUGGAACUGUUGUUGAAUUCAUAGCCAAUACAUUACAGCAAUCUGUGUACUGAACAUAAUAGAUUGACAUCUACUUUGAGACUAUAACAUCUGUUGCAUUAUAAAUGUGUUCAGGCUUCUGAAGGUAAAAGGGACACUAGAUCCAGAAGCUAUGAAACCAGCAGUUGAUUCUUGUAUUCCUUAUUAACGUAAUUGUAAACUUGAAGGCAAGACCUUGAUUGCAUGAACAGGUCCAAAAUAAUAGUCUGAGUAAAGCAAAACACUCACGUGAGACCUGAGGUUAGCAGGCUGUAUUUAACAGGUGCCUAAUUUUUGGGUAAUGCUGCCUUAAUAUAACACAGUCAGCUUGGCAGUUGCAAAAUUUAGGGGCCCAUUCAGAGACUUAUUUUAUGAAAAGUAAAAGCUCCGUGAAGAACAUUCGAAAGGAUCAGGGUAAUUCAUUGAUUGCCCAUCCCAGAUUAACAUUGUUUGCCCAUUAUGUAUUACAGAAGCAGUGAUCUACCUCUGCCAGUAAGCCCUUUUAAAAGCCAAUUUAGCAGAAAAUUCAGAGUUCAUACUGGUCUAUUCCAUGUGGCUAAGUCAUUUUUUCAGACUAAAAGGUGGAAUUUUUUUAUACUUACAGUGGCAACGCAGCAGCUGACUACCAUGUAAAUGGGAUUGACUAUUUGGGAUUACCAUUUUUUUGUAAAUCAUGGUAUUUUUUUUAAAUCAAGCAAUCCAUAUUUCUUUUGUAUUGACACGUCAACCCUGUGGAUGAAAGUGUUUUUUUUUUUUUUUCUGUUUUCUUUUUGGUUUUAUUUUUAAACUCAGUAAUUCAGAGGAGUUUACAGGAUUUGGAAGGCUGUCACCUUAGAAACAGGAUGCUGAGUUUAGCAAUAUAAAAAGGAAUGCAGUACUUACUGCUGUCUAGGAAUAUAAGGGUAAUAUGAAAUCUGGGUAACUUUUGUGUGCGCAGGUUGCCACACCUUAGCAAGCACCAAAAAAUAAAGCAGUUUAAAAAAAAACUACAUAAAGAAGAAAUCAUAAAAUCCAGUGCUUCUGCAUACUGUGUUAUGUUACAGUCCAGUUUUGUGUGCUUUACUACACAGUUUGGUUACAGGACUUCUGUGCAUUGUAAACAUAAACAGCAUGGAAAAGGUUAAAUACCUGUGUUCAGAUUGUAAGAUCUAGUCCGGACUUGCUGUGUAUAUUGUAACGUUAAAUGAAAAGACAAGCCCUUUGUAUUAUAGUCAUGCAGUCUUAUGUAUGAUAAACAGUUGAAUAAUUUGUCCUCA